AUGGCAAUUGAUCAAUCGCAGUGCCCAGGUUUGAUAACUUCACAGAAAUUUGGUCGUAACGCUCCACCCUACUUAAAAAAUGGAAUCAUUUUGUUCCAAAAAUAUCGCAUUGAAAACAUGAUUGGCGGAGGAGGCUUUGGACAAGUCUAUCGUAUGGUUGAUGAGGUAGGUCUUGAGAAAUUUAAGAGAACCGGCACACGUCUCGCAAUGAAAAUAGAACUGGAGCAGCAUGAGCCUGCCCGAAUGGUUCUGGAGCAUAAAGUGCUGAUGGCACUUCAAGGCACACCACAUAUUCCGUAUUUCGUGAAUAUGAGCACAGCAAAGCAUUCAUUAGGCUUGGGUGUUGGCAUGAGAUGGACAAUGAGCGUUUCAACGAGAUUCCCAAACAUUUCAUCGAGAUUCUUGACGAUUCUGAUCUGGUGGUGGCGUCUGCAUCUUUCGGUUGGCUGCGGUUCUUACGAAUCGUUCAAUUACAUCGUGAUGGAGUUGCUCGGGUCUAAUUUGAGUGAACUGAGGCGUCAGCAACGGAGACGUCGUUUCACUGUGGCCACUGUUAUGAGGGUAGGAAAGCAAUGCUGCGCUGCACUGAAAUCUGUUCAUGAUAUAGGAUAUAUUCAUAGGUUUCGCUUUUUUCUGCUGUUUAUAACACAAACACUUCUUAGGAGAGCCACAGUGGUGGCUUGGAGCAGAGCGCUGUGUUGCAGUGCU